AUGGCCGACAAGUCUGGCAAAUGGAACAACCCAGUCCUCCUCGAGUCUUUGGUGAUGGCUUUCCACUUCCUUGCCAAGUCAGCAGACGGUCUCACAAAGGAGUCCAAGGACGCGGUCGUCGCCAAAGCCCACCUCUGGGGCUUCACCGACAUAACUUGGGAAGGCAUUAGCCUCCUUGACGCAUCUUCUCCUCUCUCAACUUCCUCUCUUGUUGAUCCACUCUACUCGUCAUCUCGCUCGUCUUCAUCUUCCGUCAUCACAAGAUUAUUCCAAAUCGCCACGAUGUCUCGCAACGUUAUGCGAUGGACCCCAGAGGUCGAUCAGCAGAUUCUCAUCGCACUCAUCAAGGCCGUCAACCCGACCGUGGAGCAGUACGAUACUGUACUGCAGAACCUCCAGCCUUGUGGCUACAAUUUCACAGUCUCGGCCUUAAAGUGA